ACACCGUAAAAUAUUAUUAAUAACGCCUAAUAUAAAACAUAACUAAUACGGUCGUCAGUCGCGGCGGUACGCGUAUUAAGCUCGCCGUCAACGUGAAUUUGAUUUAUCGGUUUCGCAGUACUGCGUAUCUGUUGUGUGUUUGUGUGUAUUUGUGUAUGCGUUUCUUAGUUCGUAUGUGUGCGUGAGUUUUAAUACGACAUUUUAGUCGUGUUGAGAGUACGAAUGGUACAAUAAUUGUUCAACGCCCGUGGCGACUUUUCCGUCCGUAUUCCACACGUCGGAUAUUUAAAGUCCUUCGGCCUAUUGCUGCUCAACGGCGUUGACGUCAGCGACGGACGGUUUGGUCGGUCAGACUUGUGUUCGGCGGUGGUGGUGCCGCGGUCCGCUCUUCCGAGCGCCGUGCUCAUCUAUGGACUUUGGAUCGGACUUGUUGAGCCGGUUCAACACUCCCGACUCCUCUGUGCGACAAUAAUAACUCAAAUAUCUGUCGGUUGCGACACCUUACGGUUUCCUUUGCGAUCUGUAUUUUUCCGCUCACAGUGUCAGAGAUACUGAGUCCAGACUAUCAUGGAUUAUUUCAUCAUUAGUGUAAUCGAAGGUCGAUAGCACAUAGCAUAUGUUUAAAAGUUACAGAUAACAAAAAAAAGUCAUUAAGAUGAUGAUUUCACCAGGAGGUGGUGGCGGGCACCAGACGUCAGCCGCUGCCGCAGCCGCGGCGGCUGCUGCAGCUGCAGCUGCUGCUUCCUCUGCAGCAGCAGCGGCUGCAUCUUCGUCCUCCUCAGCUGCCAGUAGCUUUUUGCACUUGGGUGAUGUGGUAUCGCUGUACUCAGAAGGCAGUGUGUCAGGCUUCCUGAGCACCUUGGGUCUAGUGGAUGAUAGAGCUGUUGUUUGUCCUGAAGCAGGGGAUCUAAACAAUCCACCAAAAAAAUUCCGAGACUGUCUUUUUAUGAUGUGUCCAAUGAAUCGGUAUUCGGCACAAAAGCAAUUUUGGAAAGCAGCCAAACAACAACAGCUUCAGCAACAUCAACGUUUGGGUGGUAAUGGAUUUCCACCCGGGAUAGGACCGUUGGGACCAACGACAACAGUAGGACCUCCGAUAGCUACAGAUACUGUUUUAAUUAAGCGUCUGCAUCAUGCUGCUGAGAUAGAGAAGCGCCAGAAUGAGUCAGAGAACCGUAAAUUAUUGGGGACUGUAAUCCAAUAUGGCACUGUUGUACAGCUUUUACACUUAAAAUCCAAUAAAUACUUGACUGUGAACAAACGUCUACCUGCCCUGUUAGAAAAAAACGCUAUGCGCGUUUACCUUGAUGCAAACGGUAAUGAGGGCUCAUGGUGGUAUGUGAUGCCAUUUUAUAAGCUGCGUUCCACUGGUGAUAAUGUUGUUCUCGGAGAUAAAGUCACCAUGGUGCCAGCCUGUGUGGGCGGUGGUGGUGCGUCACUUGGUACACCUGGUUUGGGAGGUGCCAUGGGUGGUACAAUGGGAUUUGGCUUCGGAGGAGGCAGUGGAUUUGGUGGAGGAGGAGGAUUCGGCGGUGUUGGUUCAUUUGGUAGUAGCAGCUUUGGAGGUGGUGGCUACUAUAAUCAUCAACAACAACAAGUUGCGUUGCACGUUGCUGGAAAUUAUGAGCUUCCCGACAAUCCAGGCUGCAAAGAGGUAAACGUUGUCAAUGCUGCCACAGGCUCAUCCAUCCAUCAUCAUGUUCAACAUGGUAACAAUCAACAAAUUCAACAGUAUCAACAACAGUCAUGGAAGGUCACUUUAUUCAUGGAGCACCGAGAUAAUCAAGAUGAUGUGUUGAAAGGAGGAGACGUUCUACGAUUAUUUCAUGCUGAACAAGAAAAGUUUCUUACAAUGGAUGAAUAUAAAAGACAACAACAUGUAUUCUUACGAACUACAGGGCGGACUUCAGCCACGGCUGCCACAUCGAGCAAAGCACUUUGGGAAGUGGAGGUAGUGCAACACGAUCCUUGUCGUGGUGGUGCCGGCCAUUGGAACUGUCUAUUUCGGUUUAAACACCUUGCUACCGGCCAUUACCUAGCUGCUGAAAUAGAUGACGACGAGACUAUGGAUCAAAUGCGAUCAAAACUCAGAGAUGUUCAUGGUGGACCUGUUUAUCAUUUGGUAUCAGUGCCACAUUCCAAUGAGAUAUCUUCAUUAUUUGAACUUGAUCCUACAACAUUGUACCAGGGCCGAAGUGGUCAAAGUAGAAUGGCUGCCCGGCAAUUACAAUCAGGUGGCACUCCGGCAUACGGUGGAUCAUCUGGAACACCAGCAAUUUCAGGUUAUGGAGGAGGUUAUGGUUCUACAACAAUGGCAAUUCAACAUCAUCAUCAACCAGCCAACUUAGACUCAGUAGUGCCACAGUCUUCAUAUGUUCGUCUCCAUCAUUUGUGUACCAAUACAUGGGUCCACAGCACUUCAAUUCCUAUAGACAAGGAUGAAGAUAAACCAGUCAUGUCUAAAGUUGGCUGUGCUCCAGUUAAAGAUGACAAAGAGGCAUUUGCCCUGAUACCAGUAUCACCGUCUGAGGUGCGUGACUUGGAUUUUGCCAAUGAUGCAUGUAAAGUGUUGGCGUGUAACAGUGCCAAGUUAUUAGAAAAUGGUUCAAUAUCAGCUAAUGAAAGACGGGCUGUCACAACGCUGCUUCAAGAUAUUGUUUACUUUGUGGCUGAUAUGGAAAAUGAACAAAACAAAUCAGAAGCAUUGGAAUUGGUAGUAGCCAAUCCAAAUAGAGACCGGCAAAAAUUGCUCCGUGAACAAGACAUACUCAAGCAACUUUUCAAGAUACUACAAGCUCCAUUUGUAAUGGAUAAUGUCAUAAACUCUAGUAGUGGAGGAAACAAUAAUGGAAGUAAUGGUGUACGAGAUAAUUGUGGCGGAGUAGCUGCUGCUGCAUUAAUAACAACAACUGAAUCUCCAGAUGGAGAUAACCAAAAAUAUGCGGCUGCAUAUAAAUACAUGUUCCGGCUAUGUUAUCGUAUAUUGCGACUUAGUCAGCACGAUUAUCGAAAAAAUCAGGAAUACAUUGCCAAACAUUUUGGGUUCAUGCAAAAACAAAUAGGUCUUGACAUUCUUGCCGAGGACACAAUAACGGCACUAUUGCACAAUAAUCGAAAACUGCUUGAAAAACACAUCACAGCUGCAGAAAUUGAGACGUUUGUUGGCCUAGUAAGGUUAAAAAAUGGUGGCGGUGGAGGAUUUAGUCAGUCUGCACCCAGAUUCCUUGAUUAUCUAAGUGACUUAUGCAUAUCGAAUAAGAAAGCCAUUGCCAUCACACAGGAACUGAUAUGUAAAAGUGUGCUGUUAAGUGGUUCUCGGGACAUUCUUAUAGAAACCAGAAUGAUGAAGCGAUUGGUACAGCGUCAACAGAGCAAAGUUGGAACAGCUCCUUCAUUUAAUAUUCACGAAUUGACUAAUGCUGAUUUUUCGGAUUCUGACUUAAAUGAUGACCAGGUGGUCAUGUUAUCUUGGAAUAAUGGAAAGAAUUUCAAAUCGUUGGUUGACCUAUCAGCAGAGGCUCGUCGCUGGCAGUUACAGCAACUACAGCAUCUACACCAACACAAUAAAACUGGUGCAGCUGCAACAGCAGCAGCAAAAAACUGUAAUGGUUAUGAUGAUUGGCAUCUGCUUGAAUACUAUCGACAUCAAUUGGACCUGUUCUCAAAUAUGUGCUUAAACCGUCAAUAUUUGGCACUGAACAAUCUUUCACCACAUCUAGAUAUCGACUUAAUACUUAAAUGCAUGGCUGAUGAGAAUGUUCGUUAUGAUUUACGGGCUUCAUUUUGUCGGCUUAUGUUGCACCUGCAUGUAGACCGUGACCCUCAGGAACCUGUUACUCCUGUCAAAUACGCUCGACUGUGGUCCGAAAUUCCAUUAAAAAUAAGCAUUGAUGACUACGAUAACAAUAGAAGGUUAAACAAUGAUACGGCUGCUGCUCAACAAGUACGCACUCGAUUUAGCUCAACAAUUGCAUUUGUUGAGGACUAUUUGUUUAAUGUUGUGGCAAAAAUGUGGAACUUUCAAGAUGCUCAACAAAACAAGUUGACUUUUGAGGUAGUUAAGCUGGCCAGAGACUUGAUUUAUUUUGGAUUCUAUAGUUUUGGUGACUUGCUCCGACUCACGAAAACGCUAUUGAGCAUUUUAGAUUGUGUAUCAGAAAACGAUUUUGCUGCUGUUGGCCGUGGAAAUGGAAGUGAUAUUGUUAACAGCGUUUCGGCGGCGGUUGCAGCUACAUCAACAACAUCGACAACAUCGGCAGAUGUGCAAGCUGAAGGGAUUGGUGCUAUGCGAUCGGCCAUCGGAGACGUUGGUGCUGUAGUUACUGGACUUACGCUUGGUGGAGGUAGUGGACGCAGGCAUCCACCACCGCUAUUAAAUAAAUCAAAAUCUACGUUGAGUAUGGUCACUACAGCUACGACAGGUUCAUCGUCUUCAUCACUACUACACCAGCAGACCACUGGUAGCAGUGGUUCAACAAUCGUGAGUGGUGAAGCGUAUCCCCUGGUCAUGGACACAAAAUUGAAAAUUAUUGAAAUAUUACAGUUUAUAUUGGACGUUCGCUUAGAUUACCGCAUCGGAUGUUUGCUGUCAAUUUUUAAACGGGAAUUCGAUGAAAUUGAAAAGUCAGCAGCGGUAGCUGCUGCAGCAUCCAUUUCCAAUUUAUCGCAGGAGACAACCACAACAAGUGGGUCACCAACAAAUUCUACCAAUACCACAACAGCAUCUUCCACAACAUCAUCAUCAUCUGUGUCGUCAUCGGCGUUUAUUGAUCAUCUUUACCAUAAGUCCAUCGAUUUGGAACGAGUCGGUGCUCAAGCUGAAGGAAUAUUUGGUGAAAGCGAAGAGUGUGGUGGUGCUGCUUUGGAUCUAGACGACAACGGCGGCCGAAUGUUUUUGCGCGUGCUCCUGCACCUGACCAUGCAUGAUUACCCUGCACUAGUCUCGGGAGCAUUACACUUGUUGUUCCGGCAUUUUAGCCAACGGCAGGAAGUGUUACAAGCGUUCAAACAGGUACAACUUCUAGUUUCGGACGCUGACGUUGAAUCGUAUAAACAAAUAAAAUCAGAUUUAGAUGUGUUACGACAAAGUGUGGAGAAAUCUGAAUUGUGGGUUUACAAAUCAAAUAAACCGACUGCUGCUACAGUAGCUACUGGUAGUAACCAACAAUUACAUAAUGACAGUGAUGAACACCAACAACAAACAUCCACGUCUAUUGACCAAAUAUCUACAACGACGACAGAUACUACCACACCAGUGGCUUUAACGUCAUCUACAAACGCCAGCGAAACUACAUCAUCGCAAUCGACAGUAGUGAAUGGUAACCAUGUUACAACCCUGGGUCAACCUACAAAUACAACUGAAAAAGGAGCCUAUGACACUAUUGCAGUCGACGGUGGCAAUGAACAAGAAGACGAAGAUGAUGAAUACAAAAAAAUACAAAAGAUUCUGAUCAGAAUGAAUGAACUGUGCGUUACUUGCGUACCAACAGCAGUGGGUACUGGGUUAAAGUCAUCAUCUUCUAGAUCGAAUUUAUUCAUUGGAGGAACUCUGUCUAGCAUAGGCUCAACAGUGAUAAAAAAGCCCAAGAAACACGAACAACGACUAUUACGUAAUGUAGGCGUACAUACGGUAGUGUUAGACCUUCUACAGGUGCCGUACGAUCGAAAAGGGGAUCGGCGUAUGGAUGGUCUGAUGGAACUAGCACAUGAAUUUCUUCAAUCGUUUUGCCUAGGUAAUCCGCAAAACCAGCAUUUACUACAUGCACACCUGGAUCUAUUUCUUAAUCCUGAGAUUCGUGACGCACGUACCGUUUGUGCUAUAUUCAAAGACAACCCCGUGCUGUGUAACGAGAUCGGCGGCGGCGGCGGUGAUAAAGUUGUCCAACAUUUUAUACACUGUAUUGAAUCACAGGGAAAGCGGGUCGAAUACUUGGAGUUUUUUCAGACAAUAGUUGGCUGUUGUUCACCUACACCAGGCUCCGCCUCAGUGUCUGAUCCCUCAGUGCAGGAACCAGAAAAUUACUACUAUGGUAGUGGUGGCAUGAAGCAGCGUCAUGGUGCAGCUGCAGCCGCAGCCGCUGCCAUACAAAAGCAGCAGUUCAUCAGGAAAUCACAGGACAUGGUUAUGCAAGAAUUACUUAAUGCCGGCGAAGACGUGUUGGUGUUUUAUAAUGACAAUAAGGCAUCGUUCCAACAAUUUGUAGAAAUGAUGCGAAAUGAACGUGAUCGACAGUAUCGAGAAGACGUGCAAAUGUUGGUAGUGUCGGCAGUCGAUUGUAGAAAAGCAUCUGAUAAACAACAGGAGGCCAAUCAUAAUACACUUAUGUCAGCUUCAGAUAUUGGAGAUACAUUAUCAACAGAAGAUUGUUCUUUGAGAGAGGGAAUGACGUUGGCUGCAGAAUCUGAAUAUGAAGACAAUAAUGAUCAUAAUGCUCUAAGAUACCACAUUGAGUUGGUUAAACUGUUGGCCUAUUGUACUAUGGGUAAGAAUGUGUACACGGAAAUCAAAUGUCACAGCCUAUUGCCAUUGGAUGAUAUUGUCGCUAUGGUGUCACAUCCAGACUGCAUACCAGAGGUAAAAGAGGCAUAUGUCAACUUUUUAAACCAUUGUUAUGUUGACACUGAGGUUGAGAUGAAAGAAAUAUAUGCGUCAAACCACAUGUGGACAGUAUUUGAAAAGAGUUUCUUACCUGACAUGAACCGUGUAGCAGACCAAGUGGCAGCUGCGGCUAUGACUACUUCGCCACCGACUAUUACUAGUGUUACCCUCACCAAAUCGCAUUGCAAACUAGUAAAAUACGUAUGCGACUCUUUGAUCACCGUUAUUGGUUCAUUUUUUGGAAGUCCAUUUUCAACGACAGCCGCAGCAGCCGCUGCAGCGGCAGCUGUAUCAACUGCAUCAUCGUCAGACCAUCAACAUCAUCACCACCGACUGCAAACUGGUGCUGACGAAAGUGGCAAUGGUUCAUCUUCGACUAUAACAGCAUCUACUACAUUGGCUGGUAAUACUAAUGCUGCCGCUGUUGUACAGGCUAGACAACCUAUAUUCGUUCAGCUCUUACAAGCUGCAGUUCGGGUACAUCAACAAUUGACUGCUGCUGGUCAUUUGACCAUCCAACAACGAUUCAAUGUGGAAAACACAAUACGCACACUUUCGGAUUACGCUAAAAAUAUGUCAAUCGAUCUUCCUUCACAAUUACAAAUUCACAUAAAUAGCAUAUUCAACAGACAAUCACAAACCAGUGGAGGAAUAUCUGGUGGAAAUUCAUCACCAUCAGCGCUAUUGCUUCGAAGACAAACAACUAAAUGGUUGCAAGCGGCAAAGUUAACGCCCAAAAAAAUGAUUGAAAGAUCACAAUCGCAGUUGAUACGAUUAGAUAAGAGCAUUGUUGAAGGGCUGCAAGACAUAGUUCUAGUAUUAGAAGACCAGCUCAGGCCAUUGGUCCUAGCUGAGCUAUCACUACUUGUGGAUAUACUCUAUCGCCCGGAACUUUUAUUUCCUACCGUUGCUGCAGCUGCUGCAGUUGGUGACACUGCUUCUGUUGCAGUAGCUGCUGCAGCGUGUGGUGUUACUGGUUUUAUCAACAGGCUCAUUAAACAUACAGAACAAUUGUUAGAAGAAAAAGAAGACAAAUUAUGUGUUAAAGUUUUAAAAACUUUGCAAGAAAUGAUGGCUAUGGAUUUGGAUUACGGUGACAAGGGUGAUGCACUGAGGCAAAGCUUGCUAGUGAGGUACUUCAAUGGAGGCGCGAUUGGUACCGGCGUAAUGGGUAUGUAUAAUUCAAGUGAUAGUGGAAUUGACACAUCUGAUCAAGAUGGCAAUGAUGGCAAUGCCAACACUACGGAUGAUGAUGAAGGUAACAAUGAUGACGUUUCUACGACUUCUGGUAGCCAACUCAUGGGCUCCUCUGCUACUGGAGAUUCUUUGACAAAAACAGUGACUAUCAAUCAUCAGCAACAUUUACCUCCACCUCCGUCAACAACUUCAUGGUCACCUCCGCCCCCAAUAUCAUUUAGAUCUGAACAGCAACAACAACACAGAGUCACUCAUGGACCUGGUGCGAAAUUCUUGCAACGAGCUGGACUUACUUUACACGAGGUACAGACCCACCUGGAUAGAGAAGGAGCAUCCGAUUUAGUUGUUGAACUCAUCAUAAAGUCAGCUGCAGCGUCAGCAGCCGCGGCAUCAAUGUCUGGUGGCAAUGGUAGUGGUGGUGGUUCUGUUGGUGGAUUCUUUGGUUCAAUUGGUGGCGUUGGUGGUAAUUUUUUUGGCAGCAAUUACUACUUCGGUAGUGGUGUAGGAGCAAAUGGUUUUGGGCCAUCGGCUUCAGCCGCAGCUGCAGCCCUCUCCGCAUCUCCAUCUUACUCAAUAUUUGUCGAAGCUGUGCAACUGGGCGUCGCCCUGUUGGAAGGUGGCAACCCCGUUGUUCAGCGUAGCGUUUACAACAAACUAUUGUCACCAUUGCCGCCAGGUACAGCAGCUGCUGCAGCAGCUGCAGCUUCAGCUGGCGGUGGUGCUGGUGGUGGACGAAGUGGUGGUGCUAGUCCAACUGACCCAUCAGUGAACUGCUGUCAACUAUUUUUCCGAGUUUUUUAUGAUAAAAUGCGUGACGCUCAAAACGAAAUAAAGUCAACGGUUAUAGUAUCAGUAAAUACAGCUGCCACGACAGCCGCAGCUCAGGCCGCGCAACAGCAACAACAAGAAGCUGAAAUGGCUGCAAAUGGACGACGCACUGUUAAUGGUCAACAAAACCGUGGUGGUCAGCGACGACAAAACAACCGCUUUGAUCGAAAUCUCGGUAAAAAAGGUGGUAAAACUACUUCAAGAUCCAGAGGUUUUGGCAAAACGCGUCAAAUAUUAAUGACUGACGAACUACGUGAAGAACUAGCGCAAGCUGCAGCAGCUACUAGCCAUGCGUAUGCAGUUGGUGCUCGAAAUUUGUCAGUUACGUCUUCAACAAAUUCUACGACUGGUGAACAAGAAAAUGAGGACAAUGAUGAAGGACACUUAUCAUCGAUAGCUGAUGAUGUUAACAGCACUGCAGCUGAUAGACUUCAACGGGCUGAUGAUUCAUAUUACUACUAUUACCACAGGCAACAAGAACAGCAGCAACAGUAUCUGCAGCAACAACAACAACAACAGCAACAGCUGCUUUCGCCUAAAAUUCUGAUCAUGCAACCUAUAUUGCGCUUCUUGCAACUUCUGUGUGAAAACCACAAUCGUGAUCUACAGAACUUGCUUCGAAAUCAAAAUAACAAAGUCAAUUAUAACCUAGUAUCUGAAACGUUGAUGUUUUUGGACUGUAUAUGUGGUUCGACAACAGGUGGCUUAGGAUUAUUGGGUCUAUAUAUCAACGAAAACAAUGUAUCACUUAUCAAUCAAACACUAGAAACGCUAACAGAAUACUGUCAGGGACCCUGUCAUGACAAUCAGAAUUGUAUUGCUACGCAUGAAUCCAACGGUUUGGAUAUAAUUACAGCACUUAUACUUAAUGAUAUAAAUCCAUUGGGAAAAACGCGCAUGGAUCUAGUACUGGAGCUGAAAAACAAUGCAUCUAAAUUGUUGCUGGCCAUCAUGGAGAGUCGAGGGGAUGGUGAAAAUGCUGAGCGUAUUCUUUACAAUAUGAACCCUAAGCAGUUGGUUGAUGUGGCAUGUCGGGCGUACUAUCAGCAGCAAUACAAUGUGACGUCAUUGUCUGCGCGACGACAACGUCGUGGUGGUAAACUGACCGUGGCAUAUGGCAUUGACGAUGAUUACUGUGACGACGAUGAUGAGGAUGAUGAAGAUGAAGAAGACGACGACGAUCAAGAAGAUUGUGAUGAAGAUGACUGCCAUAUCGAAGAUAUACGACUGGGCAGAGGAGCGUCAAUUAGCAGUGGCCGCAGUCGUGGUACCGGUGGUGCAGGUGCUAUAGACGGUGACUGUGAUGACGAUGACGACGACGAUAGCGGUGUUUCGCCAAAAGAAGUAGGCCACAACAUUUAUAUAUUGUGCCACCAGCUAGCGCAGCAUAAUAAAGAGUUGGCUGGUUUACUAAAACCUAAUAGCUUGUACUGUAGCGAAGUCGAAGGUGUUCAGGCAACAGGUGGACAAAACCAACAGCAGCAGCAGCAGCAACAGCAACAGCUACUACAACAACAAAAUCAAGUCGACCCCCGAGUCAACCGAGCUUUAGUAUAUUAUGCAUCGCAUACGGCUCAAAUAGAGAUUGUCCGGCAUGAUAGAACCCUAGAACAAAUAGUGUUUCCCAUACCCGAGAUUUGUGAAUACUUGACCCGUGACACUAAAAUCAAGAUCUACAAUACAGCUGAACGCGAUGAUCAAGGAUCCAAAGUUUCUGACUUUUUCGAAAAAACUGAUGACAUGUUUAAUGAAAUGAUGUGGCAAAAAAAGCUGAGAGCUCGGCCGUCGUUAUUUUGGGUUAGCAGCUUCAUGUCAUUAUGGAGCAACAUUUUGUUUAAUUGCGCCGUGAUCAUCAAUCUUAUUGUAGCAUUUUUCUACCCAUUUGACAUUGGUGGUAGCGGUAGCAGUAGUAACAACGGUGGUGAUGGGCAACGCCGUCGUAUGAUAUCUGCUUUAGGUGGCCACGUUUCUGCGGCUGUAUGGCUUGGACUGUUGGCUUCAAUCUGUGCAGCUGCAUUUUUGGUGUGGGCUAGAGACGAUGAUAAUGCUGAUGAUGUCGAUGAUGUCGAAGACGACGACGACGACGACGAAAACGAAGAUGAUGGUGGGGGUGGUGAUCGAGAUCAACAACAACAACGAAAAACGACUCGUCGCCGUAGACAGCAACGUAGGCGUAGGCGUAGGCGUACAUUGCUGACGACCCGGACAAGCCGACGAAGGUGGACGGCUGCAGUACGCAUCACUCUGGUCGUUACAGCUAUCCUCCGGUUAAUAUUGUCUGUGGGCCCGGAACCGACACUUUGGCUAUUGGGUGCGAUCACGGUUGUAAUGAAAAGCGUGCACAUUAUCAGUAUCAUGGGUAAUCAGGGUACUUUUACCAAGCGUCUGGGUCAGAUAUUGGCUUCAGCCGAAAUUCUCUACCAUCUGAUGUAUAUCAUGUUUUGCAUACUUGGCCUGUGUAUGCAUCCGUUUUUCUAUAGCGUAUUGUUGUUGGAUGUUGUGUACCGUGAAGAAACGUUAUUGAAUGUCAUACGGUCGGUCACGCGCAAUGGUCGAUCUAUAAUACUGACCGCCGUUUUAGCUCUCAUACUGGUCUACUUAUUCUCUAUAAUCGGCUACAUGUUCUUCAAAGACGAUUUUCUAGUGCAAGUUGACGACGAUGUCGUAUUUGACACCAGUGGUGGUGACGACCAGCAAGCCUGUUCAGCAGCUGCAGCGACGGCAGAUAAUCUUAACUGCGACGAUGGUGGUAGCAGCUUAACAAGAUCUUCGUUGUCUGUAGAUAUGGGUGGUGGUGAUCGAAAAGAAAGAGCUUGUGACUCGUUGAUCAUGUGCAUAGUAACAACAUUAAACCAGGGUUUAAGGAACGGCGGUGGCAUAGGUGACAUACUUCGAGCGCCCAGUAGUGAGGAACCUCUUUUUGUGGCUCGGGUUGUUUAUGAUCUACUAUUCUUCUUCAUUGUCAUCAUUAUCGUUUUGAACUUGAUUUUUGGUGUCAUCAUCGAUACAUUCGCUGACCUCCGUAGUGAAAAGCAACAAAAAGAACUGAUACUGAAAAACACGUGUUUUGUUUGUGGACUCAAUAGAUCUGCAUUUGACAAUAAAACCGUAAGUUUUGAAGAGCACAUUAAAUGUGAACACAACAUGUGGCACUAUUUGUAUUUUAUCGUUUUGGUCAAAGUAAAAGACCCAACUGAGUUUACGGGUCCUGAGAGUUAUGUGUACGCUAUGGUCAAGGACCGUAAUUUAGACUGGUUUCCACGUUUAAGAGCAAUGUCAUUGCUAAUGGCUGCCCAAGUUGAUAGUGAAGGCGAGCAGGUGGAGCUUAGAGGUUUACAAACACAAUUGGAAACUACUCAGACAUUAGUGGCAUUAUUAUCACAACAGCUUUCUGAACUCAAAGAACAGAUGACAGAACAACGAAAACAACGACAACGAAUUGGACUGUUAAAUUCGACCAGUGCAUAUUACGGCAUAGGAGGAGGCAGUGGAGUUAAUGUUUUGCGUCAGCAAAAUCAAAUGGGCAUAUUGUGAGAAGCCAAAUGCAACAUAAUAAUAUUCUCCGUUCUCUCUUGAAAAAUUAAUACAUGCAAUUUCUUUUAAUUAUUCAAUACAAUACGCACACAGAAAUGUCUGUAAUAAAAAACAUUACUAAUGGGAUUAGCAAUAUACUAAAUACUUAAACCACGGGGUACUUAGAAUUCAGUUAUUUAUAAUAUUAUUGUUUUAAUGGUAGGUAAUUUAAUUGUUAUUUAAAAAAAAAAUAUAAAAAAAUAUAAAAAUGAAACAUUUUAAAGUCUGACAUUUUUGUAGGUAGAACAGGGUAGUUUAUUUUCUAAAAAAAAAAUCAUUAAAUAUUUUAAAGUUUAAUUUUAUUGUUGACAUUUUUGUUAUAGACAAAUAUUGUAUUAAUAUUUUAUAUAGUUUAGUAUCUAUGUUA